AGACUGUUCAUACAAGUCCACCAACCCUUGAUUGGUUGUUGCUGCUGCUGCCACCGCCAAAAUGUCCACAGGUGUGCCUUUGGGAAGUUCAAGUGCUGCCUCUGGCAAUAACCGCAGACUCCAGCAGACACAGAAUCAAGUAGAUGAGGUGGUUGAUAUUAUGAUCAAUGUAGACAAUGUAGACAAGGAGUUAAAAAGAGAUGAGAAGCUCUCAGAGCUAGAUGAUCACGCAGUUGCACUGCAGGCUUCUCAGUCUGAAACAAGUGGUGCCAAGCUGAAGAGAAAGUACUGGUGGAAGAACUGCAAGAUGUGGGCGAUAGGGAUCAGUGUCCUGGUGAUUGUUGUCAUCAUCAUUGUUGUGUGGUGUGUCUCUUACUGAAGAACCUGGUGAAACU